AUGGUUGUCCUCGCUGCUUCAAUUUGUACCAAGGGUGGCAAGGCCGUACUGUCUCGUCAGUUUCGAGACAUGACUCGCGCCCGAAUUGAAUCCUUGCUUGCGUCUUUCCCGAAGCUAGUGCCAACGAACACGCAACAUACAACUGUCGAGACGGCGGACGUCCGAUUCGUGUAUCAACCUCUGGAGGAUCUCUACAUCCUUCUGAUCACGAACAAAGCAUCCAAUAUCCUACAGGAUAACGAAACCCUGCAUCUCUUCGCUCGCGUCGUUUCCGAUAUGUGUCGCGGCGCAAUCGACGAGCGGGAAAUUUCUCGAAAUGCAUUUGAGCUUCUCGGCGCCUUCGACGAGAUUGUUAGCUUUGGGUACAGAGAGCAGGUCAACUUGAUGCAGGUCAAGAGUGUAUUGGAGAUGGAGAGUCACGAAGAAAAGAUCCAAGAGAUCAUUGCUCGAAACAAAGAAGCCGAAGCCAAGGAGGAACUCAAAAGACGCGCCAAGCAGCUCGAGAUGCAACGCCGCGAGCAACAACGACGUGCUGCGGGGUCAAGUUCUGGAGGCAGCGGUUACAUGGGUGGAGGAAUUACUGGUUAUUCCCCUGUCCCGCAAGCUGCGCCCGAACCUAUUCGUGCUACUCCUUCCCCUUCGACAACGCAAACCACAACGCGUGCUCCUGCCUUCCGGGGUUCGGGCAUGAAACUGGGCAGUAAGAAGACAAAACAAGCCGAACUCAUCGAUGCUCUCGGAGGUGAGGCCCUUGCCACAACGCCCUUGCUCGCAGAAGCGUCUGUGCCCCAGUCUCCUUCAGUCUCUGCUCCCCCUGAACCUAAGAACGAGCGUGGAAGCCUUCCGGAGGUUGAACAUGAAAGUAUUCACAUUGCCAUUAAGGAACAGAUCUCACUAUCUUUACUUCGUGACGGCGGUGUCGAGUCCAUGGAGAUCAAGGGAGACAUGAACCUACAUAUCACAGACCCGGACGUCGCGCAUCUUCGUCUUACUCUCGCCCCUCCCCAAGCCGAUGGUAUCCCUGCCAGUGCCAUCCAAUUCAAACAACACCCCAACGUUGCUAAAUUCACUCCUGGUCAAGACCGCGUGAUCGCGCUCAAGGACCCAUCAAGAGCAUUCCCUGUUAAUCAGAGUCUGGCCGUCCUCAAAUGGCGAUAUGCUGGUACCGACGAGAGCAACGUACCUCUGUCUAUCAACUGCUGGCCGUCGCCGUCAAACGACGGGACAUGCGAAGUUAACAUUGAGUACGAACUAGAGAACCAGAAAGCCGAGCUCUACGACGUGGUUAUUUCCAUCCCCCUGCCUGCUGGAUCCUAUCCCAGUGUUUCUUCGCACUCCGGAUCGUGGUCGCUCGACCCAGACUCCCACUCCCUUGCUUGGUCAAUUCCCUACGUCUCCGCCGGCGAACCGUCUGGCUCACUCACGUUUACUGUCGGCGGCGAUGACGCCGGGGCAUUCUUCCCGGUCGAAGUGACGUUCGUCGGGAAGGGCAGUUUAGCUGGCGUUGGUGUGGCCAGCGUCAGCAAGAUUGGUGAUGAUGAACCCCCGUCAUACUCCGUGGAUUCCAUGGUACUAGUUGACCAAUAUCUAGUCGUAUAA